GCCGGCCUGCCCACCGCAUCUCUCCUCUCCUCUCCCAGGAUGGGGACGUUCACAGGCACCUCUACCUCCAGGGGGUCCUCACCAGCCUCGGCGAGGUGGCGGAGAGACCCAAGGUGUCUGAAUUCAGUUGCCACAUCUCCGGAUGCUGCCAGGUCUUUGACACACUGGAAGGCUACGAGCAUCACUACAACACGCUGCACAGGAAUGUCUGCUCCUUCUGCAAGCGCUCCUUUCCAUCCUGGCAUCUCCUGGAUAUCCACAUCUUGGAGUGGCAUGACUCACUCUUCCAGAUAAUGGCUGAAAAGCAAAACAUGUACAAGUGCUUGGUAGAAGGCUGUGCAGAGAAGUUCAAGAGCAGCAAGGACAGAAAAGAUCACUUGGUCACUGUUCACCUUUAUCCUGCUGACUUUCGGUUUGAUAAACCGAAGAAAGUGAAAAGUGGCCCCAAGCACAUGAGCAGUCCCACAAAGCAGAAUGCCAGUGUGCCGAUGGAUAUGACUGUGGAGACAGAGCAAUUCCAAGUGGACCCCAUGGAAAUAGGGCUCAGUGAGAGCAUGGAGAUCCCUGAGCCUGCAGCCAGCCCUGGCUCCUCGGUGCCAGAGAAACGCCUCUAUAAAUCCAGGAUCCCAUCCACAAUUUGCUUUGGACAAGGUGCUACCCGAGGAUUUAAAGGACCAAGGAAGAAAGUCUAA